UUAGUUAGGUGCUGUUGAUACUGGCUUGUAGUUUGGAGUAUGAAGACUCAGAACUGAAUAUAGCAGCGCUCAUACAUCGCUGUGACACAGUUUUUAAAACCUCCAUUCCAUUACUUCAUGACGUGUACAUUUGUGUAAAUAGACUACUUCUAAUUUUUUUUUUUUUUUAUAACGAGACAACAACAAGAUGGAACUUAAUUCUCUUUUAAUUCUGCUGGAGGCUGCAGAGUACUUGGAAAGAAGAGACAGAGAGGCGGAGCACGGUUAUGCGUCUGUUUUACCGUACAGUAGCGACUUUUCCAGAAAGAAAACGAAAGCCUCGACAAUUUCCAGAAAAACUCAGAACAAUAGAUCAUCGCACAAUGAGCUGGAGAAACACAGACGUGCCAAACUACGGCUGUACUUGGAGCAGCUGAAGAAGCUGGUGCCUUUAGGUCCAGACAGCACGAGACACACCACACUGAGCUUGCUGAAAAGGGCCAAGAUGCACAUCAAGAAACUGGAGGAGCAGGACAGGAAGGCUUUAAACGUGAAGGAGCAGCUGCAGAGAGAGCAUCGCUACCUCAAACGCCGCCUGGAGCAGCUUUCUGUGUCCGGAUCCGUUGAGCGCAUCCGCACCGACAGCAUGGGCUCCACCAUCUCUACCGACUCAGAGCAAGAGGUGGACAUCGAGGGCAUGGAGUUCACCCCUGUCGAGGCGGACAGCGUGGACAGCAUCAGCGACGGCGAGGAGGAGGAGGAGGAGGACCACUACAGCCUCCAGAGCAGCUCCAGCGACACCAGCUACACAGCCACACAUUCCCACAGACUGCAGCCGCACCACUGUUAAGACACCGCGUGGCCAUCCGGCUUCCAUCCCCACCCCCGCGCUUCCCUCCCCGACCAUUUGCAACUGCCAACGCUGCCCGCUAGCGACAUCAGACCAGUCCACGACGGCGGUACACCUUGAAUCUGUUCCUCCUUUCCUGGCCCCGGCUCUCCAGGAAGCACAUGGGGCUCAAAUGCCACUCAAGCCUUCCUGACCCUCCUGACCACUGACCCUACCUCACCCUACUGUAUCCUGCCUGAACCUGCCCCUCCUGACACGCCCUGCCCUCCCGCUGCCCUCACAAUCCCUACCUAGUGUUGCCGCAGGCUCAGAGAGAGCGAGAGAGAGAGAGAGGGAGAAGGGGUUGGGGAGGGUAUAAUUUGUGGUUUUGAUGGGGACUUCUGUGGUGUGGUGUACAGCUUUGACUUGUUAAUCAGGAUUUUUUUUUAAGGGAUGCGUGCGUGCGUGUGUGUGUGUGAGAGAGAGAGAGAGUGUGUUUGUGUGCGCAAAAAAGAGAGAGAGAAACCAAGUGAGUUAAAGAGAGGUCAAAAACAAAAUAUAAGCUUUGUGUCCUCUCCAUGAGGCAAUAACACACGGAUGAGGCUUUUGCACAACGUUUGUGAUGUAGGAGGUGAAGCACUUCGGUUUGCUCAGCAAUAAAUGCAGCAAACAGUUAUUUACAUCACACAGUAUCUUUCCUUUACACAAGAUCAGCACGUCUUUAUCACCAGAUGUGGCCGACCUUUGGCCAGAGAUGAGCUGAAAAAGUGACAGAGCUGUAGCAGAGAAGACAGAGUGUAAAUAGAUGUAUAGUUACUGUCCAGACCCUCCUGUCUCCCCUACUGGUUGGGCUGCCUAACCACUACUCCACACUACUGACCACUACACUAUACCACCCCAUGGUGUGGAUGGACUACUAAAUCAAAUUUAAAAAAAAAGAAAAAAGGAGUUGCCUCAGAACUAAAACUCUACUCCUGAAAAGAUUGAUCCAAAUCUUGUGUUUCCUCAGUAGCGAAUUGAUGUAGCAAUAAAUACAAGGGGAAGGGUGCUUCCUCUGAGUGUUUAAACGAUUCUGAUGGACCACGAGGUGUCAUGGGACUUUUUUUUUUUUUUACCCUAUAGACGGCGCCCGCAGAAAGUGGACCUGCAGAAAAAAAGGGGCAGUUCUCCCUUUUCUUUCCUUCACUAAUGGAUCCCUUCUCUGCUCUCGCGACGCCGUUCACCCACAAUUUGCGUUUCUCUAUAGCUUUGUUACUUUUUCACGCCGCGUUCACUCAUGUGUGUCUGGAUUUUGCUUUUAGUUCCGAUCAACAAGUCAAAGCUGUGAAAGUGGAGAAAAAAUGCGAAAAGAGGAAAAAAAAAAAAAAAGGCGGUGUUCAUCGUAGCUUAGUUGGCAAACUAAUCGCAUCGCAGUCGAGCUUUUGAUUUCAUUAAACAAGGCGAACGAUCUUCUUUUCUCUCUGUUGCUUGUUCCUGGAGCUCGUGGGAGCUGCUGAAGACCAACGUAGAUUGCAAUUUCUUCUCUAACUCGUCUGUAACUCAUGCACAAUAGUCACUGUUGACGGAGGAGGCGCUUCUGUAGCUCUCUGACCAUUUAAUAAUCAUUAGGGCCUCAGUCUGUGGAAGUUCUUCGGAGCUUGGCGUCCCGACACAAACCCAAGGGCCGGUCCACCACGGCAGGUCUGACCAGAAAAAAAAAAAUCAAAAAAAAAAAAAAAAAAAAUCAAAAGACUCAAAAGAAAACAAAAAAAACUUGCAUACAGAAGAAGCUACGCGUCACUGAAAGUGAUAUAAGCCAGUGUAGUCUAUAUUUCUUGUAUUAAAUUUUGUAUUAUAUUUUCCUAAAUGUUCUCUUGUAAUGAAAAGACAAAAAAGAGUGAGUAUAUCUAUCUAUAUAUACAGUAUAUGAAUAAAUAUAUAUAUAUAUGAGAGACAGACAGACAUGAGGCCAGGCUUGUUGAAGGGAGAGUGGGGACAGGGGAGCUGAUACACUGGCCCCUCUCCCUUUGGGUGACUCUCCUGCUGUCAUUCUGUGCCUUGGUGAGCCUUCGACUUCCCUCCUCCUCCUCCUCCUCCUCCUCCUGCGCCUCCUCCUCCCACCUCCCUUCUCAGGUCAUACUCUCCCUUCCUCCUCCUCCCCCUCGUCCCUCCUCUGGCGGGGCUGAAAGCUUCCAUUUCGUCCCCUCACCAUGCCAAAACACUUCCAUGAGCAAAAGGGGGGGGGGCACUUGAAGAGAAGACCUCAUUUUAAAAAAAGUUUUACGAAAAGAACGAAGACGACAAAAGAAAGCCCCCUUCGGUCUCUACUGAGAAGCCGCUGUUGUAGUACGCCCUCGUCCAGGCACUCCCCGCCCUCUUGACGCCCGCUCAUCUGCCAGUGCCGCCUCUGUCGCAGAAAAAGAUCUAUUUAAAAAAAACAAAACAAAAAAAACACACUGGUAAACUCCCAUGGCAGCUUCCAGUCGCCCCGGAUGGUCACCGACGGGGUUCAAAACUUCUGGGCUUGAAGCGCAUGUUUGUUUUUGUUUUUUUUUUUUGUCAUUUUACUAUUAUUGUAUGUUGACUAUGUGUUUGUUCAAUUGGGAGUCACUGGGAGAGGAGCGAUAUAAAGAAUAAUCCAGUCGAUGGCAGCUUAAGGUGUUAUCCUCCGCAGCUCCCGGUGGUCCGUCCCAGAAAUAGUGUUACCCGUUGAUCAGGGGACCUCUUGAGACACAGCAAUAUUUACCAUCGUGUGCUUUCUGAGGGGGAGGGUGGGCGGGCAGGGUUUUUUUUUUUUUUUCAAAAAGACAAGCAGGUGGUUUUGCUUUUGACUCUGUGGUGCAUUUUAUUUUUAUUUUUUUUUUGCGACCAACUCGAUAUUUUAUCUUGAUGAAUUUGACCUCCUAUCUGCACUCUCUCCACACACUGCAGGAGGGCAAAAAAAAAAAAAAAAAUCGAGAUUUCUUUUGUUUUUUCUUUUAUUUGGAGAAGCUGUUUUUAUUCGUUUUCUGUCAUUGAGAGUUUACAAAGGAUUUGUACAUGACUGUUUGUAGCAAAAAAAAAAAAGAGUCCUUUUUCAGUUUGUCGGUCAAAAAUGAACAACAUGGUAAACACGCAUCGAUGGCAUAAAAGUUAUUCUCUUGCACAGAACCUCCCCCAGCGGAAAAAAAAGCGACAAGAGUGAAUGGGAAUGAGCCGAGGUGGCCGGAUAUGAGAUUAUAAUUUUUCAGUGCCGUCAUUGAAAAAUGAACAUAGCACAAAAAAAAAAAA